GUAACGAAUGUUUUUUGAAAAAAGAAAAGUAAUUAAAAAAUAAUUAUCUUAUCACCUUGAACAACAACGAAUAAUUCUUUGAAUCCUAACUAUGUAAGUUUUUCGAAAAUUGCACGUUCUGUAUAUAAAUAGAUGUAACAUUAAAACAAUAUUUGUUGCAAAAAAGUUCAAAAUGAGUAAUAUUUACCUUUUGCUUACAUGUUUUAUUUUCUUCGCUUCAGCUAAAAAUAAAACAAAUCGGAUAAUCGGAGGUACUUACACAAGUAUUUCAAAUUAUUCUUACCACGCCGUUCUGGAAUAUUGGGGCCAAAAUCAAUUCGAAUAUCUUUGCGGGGGAGCUUUAAUCACAUGGAAUCACGUUUUAACAGCUGGACAUUGUUGUAAAGAUUUCCAAGCCGAUAAAUUUAGAGUUCUCCUCGGGUUUGAUGACUAUUAUAAUCAAAUUCCGAACCAAAUGAGUAACGUUAAUCAGAUUUUUGUGCAUCCUUCUUAUCACAAGAUAUUAAAUGAGCCGAUUCAUGAUAUAGCAAUUUUAAAAUUAACCUCACAAAUUUCUCCAACCAAAACUGUUAAUGUAAUUCGCUUACCUGCUUUUGGAAGUUAUCCAUCGAGUCAAUAUUUUAGUACAAUAACGGGAUUUGGUAAAACCAAAUCGAGUAAUUCUCAACCAAGUCCGUAUUUAAUGAAAGCCGAUGUUAAAAUUAUUAAUAAUGAUGUUUGUUUAAACGCUGUAAAAUCGUUAGUACCUACAUCAAAUCCUUCAAUUGGGGCUAAUAAUUUCUGCACGAUGGACACCCCAACUAAAGGAUCUUGUUCUGGAGAUAGCGGGGGGCCUUUGAUGCAAUUUGGAGAAAUAAUUGGGGUGAUUUCUUGGGGUGUAUCCCCUUGCGACUUAAAUAAUAAUCCCACCGUUUAUACAAGGGUUGCGGCUUAUGUUGAUUGGAUUCAAAAUGUUGUACAAUUAUAAGUUGCUUUAUAACAAAUAAAAUAAAUAAUAAAUAAGACCC